AUGAACCCCGUCAAGCAGAUGGCAGACAACCAGCCCCCAGCCCACCUGUGGUCCCCAGCCCCAUCCUCACCUCCGCCCCUUCUCCUCAGGAGGCUGGCAGACACCCAGACACAGGCGGCCCCCACACCAACCAUCCCCAUGCCGACCACAGAGGACCUGCCCCUGCCGCCACCCCCAGCCCUGGAGGACCUGCCGCCACCACCGUCCAAGGAGUCCUUCUCCAACUUCCACCGGCAGCGGCAAGCCAGCGAACUGCGCCGUCUCUACAGGCACAUCCACCCCGAGCUCCGCAAGAACCUGGCCGAGGCCGUGGCUGAGGACCUGGCCGACGUCCUGGGCUCUGAGGAGCCCACGGAGGGUGACGUCCAGUGCAUGCGCUGGAUCUUUGAGAACUGGCGGCUGGACGCCAUCGGGGACCACGAGAAGCCAGCCGCCAAGGAGCCAGUGCCUGGUGGCAAUGUCCAGGCCACCUCCCGCAAGUUUGAGGAAGGCUCCUUUGCCGACAGCACGGACCAGGAGCCAGCCGCCCCCCAGGCCUCUGGAGGGGACGUGCGCGCAGCCCGCUGGCUGUUUGAGACAAAGUCACUGGGUGAGCUGACAGGCCAGGACGAGCCACCGCAGGCUACAGUGAGGGAGCCCGCGGCCAGCGGAGACGUCCAGGGCACCAGGAUGCUCUUUGAGACACGGCCGCUGGACCGCCUGGGUUCUCGCCCCUCCGUGCAGGAGCAGAGCCCCUUGGAGCUGCGCUCCGAGAUCCAGGAGCUGAAGGGCGAUGUGAGGAAGACAGUGAAGCUGUUCCAGACGGAGCCGCUGUGCGCCAUCCGGGACGCAGAGGGCGCCAUCCACGAGGUCCAGGCCGCCUGCCGCGAGGAGAUCCACAGCAACGCGGUGAGGUCCGCCCGCUGGCUCUUUGAGACGCAGCCUCUGGACACCAUCAACCGGGACCCCAGCCAGGUGAAGGUGAUCCGGGGCAUCUCCCUGGAGGAGGGGGCUCGGCCCGACGUCAGUGCAGCUCGCUGGCUCUUUGAGACGCAGCCCCUGGACGCCAUCCGGGAAAUGGCAGUGGACGAGAAGGACUUCCAGCCUUCCCCGGACCUCAUCCCGCCCGGCCCAGACGUUCAGCAGCAGCGGCACCUGUUUGAGACCCAAGCUCUGGACACUCUGAAGGGGGAGGAGGGGGCCGCAGCGGAAGCCCCACCCAAGGAGAAGGUGGUCCCUGGUGACGUCCGCUCCACCCUGUGGCUGUUUGAGACGACGCCCCUGGACGCUCUCACAGACAAGGUCCAAGUGGGUCACCUGCAGCAGGUGGGCCCCCAGGAGGGGGAGGGGCUUGGGUCUGAGCGUCUGUCCAGUGGCGGCUGCUCAGCACUGCCCCUCUCUCAGAGUGCCCCCGAGAGGGACGGGGUGAAGGGGGACGUGAAGACCUUCAAGAAGCUUUUUGAGACCCUCCCCUUGGACAGCAUUGGGCAGGGUGAGCCCCUGGCCCCCAGGAGCAUGAGCAGAGCAGAAGGGCCCAAUUCUUGUGGGCAGCCCCAGGACACAGGGUCCCCAGUGUACGCCAUGCAGGACAGCAAGGGCCACCUCCACGCCCUGACCUCGGUCAGCAGGGAGCAGGUGGUCGGGGGUGACGUGCAGGGCUACAGGUGGAUGUUUGAGACGCAGCCCCUAGACCAGCUGGGCCGACAGCCCAGCACCGUGGAUGUGGUGCGGGGCAUCACCCGACAGGAAGUGGUGGCUGGGGACGUGGGCACCGCUCGGUGGCUCUUUGAGACCCAGCCCCUGGAGGUGAUCCACCAGCGGGAGCGGCAGGAACAACAGGAAGACGAGGGCAAAGGUCAGGGAGGCACCCGGCCUGAGGCCCCCGCAAAGGGUGACGUGCAGACCAUCCGGUGGUUGUUCGAGACAUGCCCGAUGAGUGAGCUGGCAGACAAGCAGAGGGCAGAGGCUACAGACCCCACAGCCAAGCCCGAGGUCCGGUCCUGCACCUGGAUGUUUGAUCCCCAGCCCCUGGACAGGUCGGAGGGCUCCAGGGAGCAGCAUCUGCGUGUCGGCCAGGUCCAGGCUGGGGAAAGACAGACAGAUGGACAUGUCUUUGAGACGGAGCCCCUGCAGACCUCAGGCCCGCCCUGCAGGAGAAGGCCUGUGCGGUACUGCAGCCGCGUGGAGAUUCCUUCCGGGCAAGUAUCUCACCAGAGGGAGGUUUUCCAGGCCCUGGAGGCAGGAAAGAGGGAAGACCAGGGGUCCAGGGCAGCCCCCGGGCCCAUCCCUGGGGAUGCUGUGCACAAGUUCACAUGGCUCUUUGAGAAUUGCCCCAUGGGCUCCCUAGCAGCCGAGAGCAUCCGAGGGGGUAGCCUCCAGGAAGAGCAGCCCGUGGGCCCCUCAGGCAACAGGGCGCCGGAGAGGCAGGAGACUGCGGCCGAGGGGACCCUGCGGACUCUGCACGCCACGCCCGGCAUCCUGCACCACGGCGGCAUCCUCAUGGAGGCCCGCUGGCCGGGGGAGCUCUGCCUUGCCAAGUACGUGCUCCCAGGCCCAGGGCAGGGACGCCCCCACAUCCGGAAGGAAGAGCUGGUGUCUGGCGAGCUCCCCAGGAUCAUCCGCCAAGUGCUGCGCCGGCCAGAUGUGGACCAGCAGGGGCUGCUGGUGCAGGAGGGCCCGGCCGGCCAGCUCCAGCUCACACCACUGAGGCUGCCAGCCCCCAGCAGCAGCAGGGGUAUCGAAGACCUGGACCCCGAGCUCCAGCAGGUGCUGGCGUGUAGCCUCAGGGCCUCGGUGGCGAGGAUCGGGCUGGUGAUGCAGGAGACAGAGCAGGGCCUGGUGGCGCUGACCGCCUACUCCCUGCAGCCCCGGCCAGCCGGCAGGACCCCCGAGAAGAGCAGUGUGCAGCUGCUGGCCGGCUGCAUAAACAAAGGGGACCUGAGUGGCCUGCAGAGUCUGCGGUGGGAGCCGCCGGCCGACCCAAGCCCAGUGCCAGGCAGCGAGGGGGCCCAGAGGCUGCCCCUGACUGACAGCAUCAUCCAUGUGCCUCCCCUGGACCCCACCCUGGGCAUGGGGCAUCUGCGAGGCCCAGGGACGACCACCUGCCCCCCACUGCCCGUUGGAAAGGCAGUCCCCCUGGCUGGGGACGCUGCAGCCCCAGCCUGCUUGCAGGCUGCGGAAAAGCAGGAAGACAGCCGUACUGGACAGAAAAGGGUGGCAGCCUUGGGGAAGUCGGAAGGAGCCAUGGCUGCACCCCAGGGCCCCGGGGCCCCAGACCUCCAGGCCGCCAUGCAGAGUCUGCGGAUGGCAACAGCCGAGGCCCAAAGCCUGCAACAGCAAGUCCUCAACAAGCACAAGCAAGGCCCGGGCCCCGCAGCCACCUCCACACCCUGCCAGAAUGGUCUCCUGCAAGCACCGGCCGUGGCCCCUGGUGCUGCCCAGAGCAACACCAGGCCUGUGGCCAGAGGUGACCCCAAGAUCUCAGCAGCCCCCCGAAAGGUCAGUGGGGAAGAGAAAGCAUCACCCGGAGGGCUGCCUGGGGGGUGGGGGGCUGUUCAGGACGGUGUCUACACUGCUCACCCAGUGAGGACCUUUGACCCACGCAGGGGUGUCCAGCCUUCCGAGAGCGAACCCCAUCCAAGGGACAAGGAAGCUGCCCUCCCAGCCCAGACUCCCAGCCCACUCCGGGGAGGCCUGGGCCAAAGUCUCGGGCCAGGGCGGGAAGUGCCGGGGGACAGCAUACAGAGCGCCUGGGGGCCUCCAGGGAAGGCAGUGGCAGAAGUCGGCCCAGGGGGGCUCCGAGCUGCAGAGACCACCCUGAAGGCUGCCCCUUUAGCCCACCACACUCUGGCCUCUGGGGCUCGGGCUGCAGGUGCCAGCCCACACUCCCAUAAUGCCUCUGUUCCUCCUCCUCCUCCUCUCCCAGCUGCUGUGACGGGAGCCGACUUCCCGGCCCGAACCCGCCACCAGGAGGACACCAUCCAGCAAGCCUCCGAGCCCCUGCAGGACCCCCUCCCCAACCCCCACAGCAGCCCUGAUGGCCAGAGAGGCCCUGAGGGGUCACAGACAAACACCCUGAAACUGGAGCCCAGCACACCCCCAAGGAAAAAGCCCCAGGUGCCCCCCAAACCUGCCCACCUAUCCCUGACUCAUCCUCCUCAGAGGCUGCCUAAGCCCCCUGCUCUGUCUCCCAGAUCCUCCUUGAAGGUGGGGCCAGAACACACACAAGGUGACAGAGAUACAGCCAUCCUUCAGACCACCAAGGUCCCCACCGUGCCAGGCCAGCCUGGCUCCCCGCCUGGCCUCAACACCCUAGGCCCCAGGCCCACUGAGAGUCAGGCUCUGGGCAACACGCAGAGUCCUGAACCCCCCAAGCUUGAAGCUCCCAGCAGUGACCCUACUUCACCGCAGCAGGGCCCCAGCCCCCCAGGAGAGCAGCCCAAGGAAGGUGGCCAGCAGGUGGCCCCAGAGCACCUGGAGACCCUGCAGGGAAGCUGCCAGGAGCUCCAGGGCCUCCUGAGCCAAGUACAAGCCCUGGAGGAGGAGGCCGUAAGCAGCGUGGACGUGCGGGCACUGUGCAGGCUCUUCGAGGCUGUGCCCCAGCUGGAAGCAGAUGCCCCUCAGGUGCCUGCUGCCCCCCGCAAGCCCGAGGCCUCGGUGGAGCAAGCCUUUGGGGAGUUGACGCGGGUCAGCACAGAGGUCACCCGGCUGAAGGAACAGACCCUGGCCAGGCUGCUGGACAUUGAGGAGGCCGUGCACAAGGCCCUCAGCUCCAUGUCUAGCCUUCAGCCUGAGGCUAACGCCAGAGGCCGCUCUCAGGAAACCCCAAAGCACCACAGGACCCACAAGACCAGUGUCACGGCCAGCAGCAGAGCCCGGCCCAACUGGUCAGUUCAGGAGGCUGGAUACCAUGCUGACAUCCAGUGUCAAGCCGAGGUCAGAGAUCACACAGAGGUCAGAGGUCAAGCAACCUCCACUGCCCCUCUCACCAGGAGGCCGGAGACACUGAGAGAAGGCAUGGGCCUCCCUCAGGUCUUGCCCCCCUUGAGAGCUCUGGUCGAGACUUUAUCAGACCUGCCACUCCCGCAUAAUACCCUCCGCUGCUUCUCAGUCGCUCAGUCUCAGCUCCUGUCGGUGGCCCGUGACACCGGACGACUUGCUCUCACGCCUUAG